AUUGGGCGCUAUGUGCAAAAUUUUUCGGUGAAUCCGACAGCGGGUUCCUUAUAAUUAUACUUUGACUUCUUUUCUGGUGUCGACAUAAUCUAUGUGGUUUUUGCCUAAAUUUUAUUUUUCUCAUUGGCGCUUUUUUUUCAACCAAUUACCACUUAUCAUUAAAGGUAUUAUUCAUCCAGACGAUGCUGUUUUAGCUGUGAAAGCUAACGUAGCUGGUAUUAUUGUAUCGAAUCACGGUGGUAGACAAUUAGAUACAUGUAUGAGCACAAUUGAAGCAUUGGCAGAUAUUAUGCAGGCUGUCAGACCGUUGAAUACCAAUAUGGAAAUAUAUAUGGAUGGAGGUAUUAGACGUGGUACAGAUAUUUUGAAAGCGAUAUCAUUAGGAGCAAAAGCUGUCUGCAUUGGUAGACCAGUUUUAAGGGGACUUAGUGCUGAUGGAGAAAAAGGUGUUAAACACGUGUUGGACAUACUAAAAAAAGAAUUUAAAUUAGCUAUGAUGUUAUGCGGAUGUCAAACUGUGAAUGAGUUAGAUAAAAGUCUUUUACAUACAACGACCUUGACAUCGAAAUUAUGA